CUGUGGGGACAAUGAGGGGACCCAGGCCAGCCUAAGCUGUGGUGGACCAACCAGAGGCUUCAGGAGAGGAAGGGGUUAAUGCCAUUGGAGUCAUGAACAUACCCUGCUGUCCAUGUAACACCAGACAGCUCUGACACACUCCUCCUCAGUGCUCUCUCUACCUCCCCUUUUCCCCCCUUCCCCCAAAACAGAAUCUCUGAACACGUACAGACUGACAGUAUCUCUUGCCACAAAAUUGACUUAGUUUUCCUAAAAAGCUAUAUCUGGAUUCCAAGGACUGGGAUUUCUAUUUGGAAUAAGGAGUUUAGUUGAGGGACGGAACGUUGUGUGUAAAAUUAUUGGAAUUCGCCCUGCCAGUCCACCGUUCUCGUUUUUCCCUGUGAGUCCCAGAGGCACCAACCAAUGGAGAGACGGAGAAGAGAGACCGGAUAAAACAGCAGAGAAAUAGAGCAAAUCCAGAGAGAACUGCUGAAUCGGCAGGGUAGGAAUCUGGAAUUGGGUCCUGUGAGGGUUUUGCUUCUCCCACACUUUUCCCAGCCUAGAGAACUCUCCUUAGCGAGUACCAGACAUAACAACCAUUAUUUACACUUAAAAAACAAACAAAAAACGACAACGACAGCUGCAACUACACUAGGCCGAGCUACGUCCCUGUGUGGAGGAUUUGAACCAAUAGGAAGACGAUCGGGAUUUAGGAUUGGGAUCACAACCAUGACGAGGGGGUUGAGGUUUCCCGCGUGGCCCCUGGCGUUCCUCAGUCUGCUGGUGACGACCCGGGCGCUGGAGUUCGGCGGGGCCCCCGGCCAGUGGGCCCGCUACGGGCGUUGGGAGGCAGGCUCGGUGGGCGAGCUGAGCUUCAGUCUGAAGACCAAUAUCAGCAAGGCCCUGGUGCUCUACCUGGACGACGGCGGCAACUGCGACUUCAUGGAGCUGCUGAUCGCCGGCGGGCGCCUCCAGCUGCGCUUCGCCAUCCACUGCGCUGAACCCGCCACCUUACACAUGGAAACCCGGGUCAACGACGACCGCUGGCACAUGGUGCUCCUCACACGCAACUUCCGCGAGACCCUGCUCAUGGUGGACGGCGAGACCAAAGUGGCGGAGGUCAAGUCCAAGCGGAAGGAGAUGGCGGUGGUCAGUGACCUGUUUGUGGGCGGCAUCCCGCCCGACGUGCGCCUCUCAGCCCUUACGUCCAGCACGGUGAAGUACGAGCCCCCAUUCCUGGGCCUGAUCUCCAACCUGAAGGUGGGUGAGAUGCCCCCUACCCUGCUCAACAGCCAGGGCAUCCAGAGUGACCUGGAGUAUCUGUGCACCAAGCAGAACCCCUGCUUCAACGGAGGCUUCUGCUCCAUCCAGUAUGGCGAGGUGCACUGUGACUGCACACACACCCGCUACAAGGGAAAGUACUGCAAGGAAGGUGAGACCAUGACCUGGCUGACUAGCUAA